AUGCUAGAGAAGAAGGACAAGCUAAGAAAAAUGGUGGUUCAUACUAGGUGGGACUCAUUGAAGGAUGUGAAAUCAAAGAAAGGUAAAGAUGCCACAGCAACUAUAUUGAGUCCAACCUUUUGGAAGGAAGUGAAGCUAAUAUUGGCUGUUUUUGAGCCAUUGUUCAAAGUCCUCCGUUUGGCUGAUGGGGAUGUGAAGGCAUCCAUGGGUUUCAUUUAUGGAGAACUACUAAAGGCAAAGAGAGAGAUCAAAGAGGUCUUUGGCAAUAAUGAGACUCGAUUCAAGGAUGUACUAGCUGUUAUUGAGAAAAAGAUGAAGGGAAGACUUGAUUCUCCAUUGCAUUUGACAGCUUAUUUGCUCAAUCCACACUAUAGCUUUACUAACCCAUCAAUCUUUGAUGAGCCCAAAAUGAAUGAAGCAUUUAUAGCUUGUGUUGAACAAUUUUAUUAUCAUGACGAGGACAAACAAGAUCAAGCUGCCAACAUUGAAUUGAAAAAUUUUCAAAAUAGAGAAGGAGCAUUUAUCAAGAAGCUAGCAAGGACUUUUGAAAACUUUGAUUACAAUCCAGGUAGAGGUGUUAACCUCAUGGUGGAGGUUAUAUGGAAGCCACACACCAGCUUUACAGAAGAUGGCUACAAGGAUCUUAUCUUUGACAUCAAGUGCUUCUGGUUGCUUAGUAAGAGAGAAAAGAUCAAGACAAAGAAGAUCACUGAUGUUCUCUUGUCUAGUGAUACAACUGAAGUUCAAGGUUUUCUCCAAGAGGGUGGAGAUGAUUACGCAUUAGUUGUCUUUAGAGAUGAGGAAGAUGAGGAUGAGAUGGAAGGUACAGGGAUACCUUGGGCUGUUAUUGGAGAGGCAGUGGGAGCAGAAGAGCAGCUUGAGCGGCGUAGAAGUGGUAGAGUGAGGGAGGCAAGGGAGCUCUAUGAAGGAGAAGAGUUUUCGUCCGAAGAAGAGUAUGAGUCUGAUGAGGAUGAGGAUGAGUGA